GUACUUAUCAUUGUUCACAGGUCCAGCCACUGUUUGGCUUUCAGCGAACUUAACCAGCAUAUCUUCGUUACAGGUAGAAACGAGAACAGGAGAGGCGGCGCCUUUGACAAGUUUUGACAGCGAUCACCUUUGCUACCGUUCUGACCUGGGCAACUUCCCCAGACUGCUCAAUCAUCGUGCACACGCUUGGUCAUCUCACCGAUUCACAUACAUACCGUCAUCAUAAUCUAGGACUUUCCAUUUCAUGGCCACUGCCACCCACAGAAUCAAGAUUGCAGCUCGCGUUCGACCACGGUUGCCGCACGAGAUCGACGACGAGGGCAUACAAGUUUCCCAUACGCCCGGGAGUCUGUCCUGUAUAAGUGUUCCUAAUCCUCGUGAUUUGUCGCAAAUAUUCAAUUUUCCCCUUUCGUCUUGCUAUGACCAGAAUUCCACACAAGAAGAGAUUUUCGAACGCGACGUACGACCACUGAUCGACGUUGUUUACAGCGGUGUUACGGUGACCAUUUUCGCAUAUGGCGUCACUUCGUCCGGCAAGACUCAUACGAUGCAAGGUACCAAGGCAGAAGCUGGAGUUAUUCCUCGUGUCGUGGAGGCAAUGUUUCAACAAAAGGCUUCCCUCCAGAAGUCCAGAGUUGAGCUUUCUGUAUCCUACAUGGAAAUAUACAAAGACGAGGUCUACGAUCUUUUUGUCAAUCGAGACACAGCUCCGAAACUUCCGGUGCGGGAGAACGACGCCGGCCAGGUGUUUGUUGCAAAUUUAACGUCGCUACCCAUUGAAUCCGUGGAAGAGUUUGACACAAUAUAUUCACGGGCCUCUCGGCACCGUUCCGUUGGUGCAACAAAUCUUAAUCGUGCUUCCUCUCGUUCACAUGCAGUCCUUACUCUCGAAGUAACAAUGACAGACUCGACUGCCCAGAAGACUCUCACAGGCAAAAUCAACCUCGUCGAUUUGGCCGGUUCCGAGAACAACAAACUCACCGGAAAUGACCCAACCCGUAUGGCGGAAUCAGCUGCUAUCAACAAGAGCCUGAGUGUUCUGGGCCAGGUUGUUCAUGCGCUCAACCAAGGAGCGGCUCGCAUACCAUACCGCAAUUCCAAACUCACUCGAAUCCUACAAGAUGCAUUGGGCGGUUCCUCUAUUGGACUGCUGAUAUGUAACAUAGCACCCGGAGUUAAAUUCAGACAGGAUACAUUAAAUACCCUCAAUUUUGCUGUGCGUACGAAGAAUGUUGAGAACAGGCCCGUCGUCAACGAGCGCGACAACCGACCACAACCCAAACCACACUUUGCUGCCGUUCAGCCACCUCCACCCAAACUUGCACCCGCCAUCCUUAAUUCUGUUCCAGUACAUGCUUCCUCUACCACCGCAGUGAUGACCACCGCGGUAGUCGGUCCAACUAGAGGUCCGCGCCCGUCACGGGUUCCUCGUCCAAGUAACGUGGGUACAGGGCUCUUACCUCCAGGCCACUCCAGGCCCUCUUCUCGCCAUUCGUCGAUUCUCGCAAAGCCGGAACUCGCCGUACAGUUGACUGACAAGGAAAUUGACGAAAGAAUUGCAAGGGCAGUGGAGGCCGAAGUCGCACGGCGCCUCAAGGAGCGUGAAGAACGCGAGCGAGAGGAGCAGGCUCGCCUUGAACAAGAGAAGGAGAAUAUUGCAAUCAUGGAGAAACAAGCAGCCGAAAGGGAGAAAGCAGCAGAGCAGAAGUUACCACCUGGUGUGUUGACUCCAUUGCUGAAGCGACAUCGCGACUUGGACGAAGAGCUCCGCGCAAGACUUGCGGAGCUCGAACAGAAGUAUGAGCGCGGAAACAAGGAGCUGCAGCUUGCAGAUGUCCUCUCGCCCUCUUCCAGGAAGAAGACCGGACGUGCAUAUGUAGCCCUUGCACGAGCUCACUCUGAAAAGGGCGAUCUUGACGUGGCCCUCGAACUUUACCGCAAGGCCGAGACAUAUGUCCCGGAUAAUAUCAAACUCAGAGAGAGAGUCCUUGAAAUCGAGUGGGCGGUCAAGAACGGGAAGGAGUUCAUCCCUUCGCCGAAGAAAUCGCGCAAGGUCAGGGGGAAAAAGCGCAAAAUCGCCAUCGACCGUACCCACGAAGGCCCUUCCGUGGAUCACGACUCGGUCGUUCAGACUACAACGGAUGACGGGGAAAGAAGGAGUGGAGACGGCGCUGGAGAAGCCAAUUCGACAGGGAUAUUCGGCAAGGUGAAGGAAGAGGAAUAUGAGGGUCAAGCAAUGAACCUGGAGACACCGGCGAAAAAGUCCAAGUGCGAGAUCAAGGUAGAACACUAGGGCGUCAAGGUUAUAAGGUGUUACAUGAUCCGGGAGAGGGAGGAUUCCUGGGUGCCUGAUACCGUCUGGUUGAG